AUGGAGCGUGAUGUACAACCGCCACUGGAGGCUCGGUCACCCAUGUUUCCAAUUGGGACUGAUCGUCGCCGCAACUCAAUAAGAAGCAGCUAUAGCGUUGUUUCAGACGUUGAAAUGGCCCGCAACGAGAUAUAUGAUGGACCGAUCUCAGAGAGUAUCCCUUCCAGCAUUGUUUCCUUUUCCCACCGCCGGAAUCGCAAGGACUCCACCACAAGCUUCACCUAUUUUCAGGAAGAUCAGGAUCACCCGGACUGGCCAAAUGAAGCUGCCAUAGAUGCCGAAAGUGACGUUGACAACUUAUCUGAUAUUGAGCCGAACGAGUCAAUUAGAUCCUCUAAGCGUCCGUCCUUUUCUCGAGACUCCGUCCAAGACCCCCUUCUACGAAGGUCUCUAUCAGCUUCGUCGCAUGAUUAUUGCCAUAGGGGCGAUCAAAGGGUAAGUCAAAAAGUCCACAUCGUUUCGGAAGACUUGACCAUCGUGAUUGCGGGGUUUUCGACGAGUCCCACCGGCCUGCUAUUGUACUAUCUCUCUUGCCUCUUGUCCCUCGGGGUAUUCUACCUCCUAUUUCGUUGGUUUCCAAAGUACCGAGUCCGUUUGAUGGGGAUGCCAACCCCUCUUCAAAGCUGUCAAUGGGUUGUAAUUGAGGAUCAAUGGAAUCAACUUGACAUUCAUACGGUCCAUACUGAAGUAUACGGUCGUCCUCUCUCCACAGUCUUCAGUCCUAACUACGAGUUCUAUGACGAGGACAACGACCCUACAAUCUCUCAGUUACGGUACAUUGAUUACAGAUAUCUUCGUCUUAUCUACCACCCAGCCGAUGACAAGUUCUGUCUAAUCGGUGGCUGGAAAGACCCUUCCUGGAAGAACGCGAAAGGGAUGAGAGCUGGACUGGAUGCCGAUGACCGUGAUAGCCGCGAACAGGUGUUUGGCAAGAAUCUCAUUGAUAUCCAGCAGAAAACUGCUAUCCAGCUUCUUAUGGAUGAGGCUUUCCACCCAUUCUAUAUUUUCCAACUUGCUAGCCUUGUCCUCUGGUCGCUUGACCAGUAUUACUAUUAUGCUGUCUGCAUCUUUCUGAUCUCUGUGAUAAGUAUAAGUGCUACUAUAAUUGAAACCAAAGCAACAAUGAACCGCUUGAGGGAUAUUUCACUGUUUGAGUGCGAUAUCCGUGUGCUUAGGAAUGGGUUUUGGAGAUCAGUCCCAUCUCGGGAGCUUGUCCCGGGUGAUGUUUACGAAUUUUCUGACCCCUCCCUGAACCAUGUCCCUUGUGACUGUAUCUUGUUAUCCGGUGACUGUAUUGUGAAUGAGAGCAUGCUCACAGGUGAAUCUGUCCCUGUCUCUAAAGUCCCACUGACAGACGAUGCCCUUAAAUACCUAAAUUUGAGUGCACCCUCAAUCCAUCCCGCUCUUGCAAGACAUUUCUUGUUCAGCGGUACGAAAGUUAUUCGAGCACGCCGUCCCCAAGGUGUUGAUGAUGAUGAAGCUAUUGCUUUGGCAGUGGUUGUGCGAACAGGAUUCCUGACCACGAAAGGUGCCCUUGUUCGAUCGAUGCUCUUCCCAAAGCCUUCCGGCUUUAGUUUUUACCGGGACUCAUUCCGAUAUAUAUCCGUUAUGGCUAUCAUUGCGAUUUUAGGUUUCGUGGCCUCGUUCAUCAAUUUUAUUCGCCUCGGUCUUUCAUGGCAUCUGAUCAUUGUUAGAGCACUCGACCUGAUUACGAUCGUUGUGCCUCCGGCCUUGCCGGCCACGCUGAGCAUUGGAACCAAUUUCGCUCUCUCACGGCUUAAGGCACAUAAAAUAUAUUGCAUCAGUCCGCAAAGAGUCAAUGUAGGGGGCAAGCUAGAUGUGAUCUGUUUCGAUAAGACGGGUACCCUCACGGAAGAUGGACUGGAUGUACUAGGGGUGCGGAUCGUGGACCACAAUAGAAGGUUUAUAUGCAUGCACACUACACUUCAUACAUUUGCUUAUCAGUACAACAACACCCUUUACACCAUGGCAACAUGCCACUCUUUGAGAGUUGUGGACGGCGAACUUCUUGGGGACCCCCUAGAUGUGAAAAUGUUUCAGUUCACCGGUUGGUCCUUCGAAGAAGGUGGGAGCCAUACUGAAGAAGCGGAUUCCGAGACGAUAUUACCGUCAAUUGCGAGACCACCCCUUAGUGAAAACCACCCCAGUGCUUAUCAGCGGCAUAAAAUAGAGGUCGAACUCGGCAUUUUGCGUACCUUUGAAUUCGUGUCACAUCUCCGUCGCGCAAGUGUUAUUGUGCGUCAGUAUGGUGACACUGGUGCUAGCACUUUCGUGAAAGGUGCACCGGAAAGUGUGAAGGCCAUAUGUCUCCCGAGCAGCUUACCUCACGAUUUCGACGAGCUCCUGAGUAACUAUACUCACAAGGGCUAUCGUGUCAUCGCUUGUGCGGCGAAAUAUGAGCCAAAACUAAGCUGGAUGAGAGUCCAGAAAAUGGCCCGUGCUGAUGCUGAAUGUGAUUUGGAGUUUCUCGGCUUUAUCAUUUUCGAGAACAAACUGAAGCCAAACACGGCUGAAACUGUGGCUGAGCUUAACAAAGCAGGGAUACGCAACAUAAUGUGUACCGGUGAUAACAUAUUGACUGCAGUAAGUGUUGCUCGCGAAUGCGGUCUAAUUAGUGGAGACGAACAAUGCUUCGUUCCUCGCUUCGUACAAGGCCAUCCUCCUGAUAACGUGUCCGACGACUGUCUUUGCUGGGAAAGUGUAGAUAAUCCAGCAUUGAAGCUUAGCCCGAGUACUCUUAUGCCUUCACUGGAUUCGACGGCUGUAGACUUAUCUAUACCAGGCAAUGCCUGCAGCCUCGGCCAUUACUCUCUCGCCAUUAGUGGCGAGAUGUUUAGGUGGAUCGUAGACUUUGGAAGCGAAUUGCUUAUCAAAAGGGUACUUGUGCGUGGAAAAGUUUUCGCGAGAAUGUCACCUGAUGAGAAACAUGAACUAGUGGAGAAGCUUCAAUCACUAGACUAUUGCUGCGGAUUUUGUGGCGAUGGUGCUAAUGACUGCGGGGCAUUAAAAGCCGCUGAUGUCGGGGUCUCCCUAUCAGAUGCCGAAGCUUCAGUUGCUGCUCCAUUCACCAGCCGCCGCUUUGACAUAUCCUGUGUUCCGACGCUAAUCAGGGAAGGCCGAGGCGCCUUGGUCACAAGCUUUUGCUGCUUCAAGUACAUGAGCCUUUAUUCAGCAAUUCAGUUUUCAACUGUCAGUUUUUUAUAUGCUUCAGGGUCAAAUCUUGGUGACUUUCAGUUCCUUUAUAUCGACUUAUGCCUCAUAUUACCGAUAGCGAUUUUUAUGGGAUGGACCAAGCCAAACCCUGUACUAUCGCGGAAACGGCCCACUGCUGAUCUUGUAUCACGCAAAGUCUUAAUCCCGCUGCUAGGUCAGAUAACAAUAUGCAUCGUGACUCAAUUAAUCGCAUUCGAGACUGUUAAAUCGCAACCAUGGUUUCAACCCCCUCAGCUAGAUCUAGAGGAAAGCAACAUUGAGAAUUCCGAGAACACCGUGCUUUUCCUGCUUUCCUGUUUUCAAUACAUAUUGUCAAGUGUUGUCCUUAGCGUCGGACCGCCUUUCAGAAGACCGAUGAGCUCUAACAAACCAUUCCUCUCUAUGAUAAUUGUGGAUUUGAUGAUCUCCUGCUACAUGCUGUUCACACCCUCAAAAUGGCUGAAGCAGGUCAUACAAUUGACGUACCUGCCGGAAAGUUUUGCGUGGUGGUUGCUGACACUUGCUGUCAUGAGCUUUUUGUUCUCUUGGCUGGCAGAAAAGGAUCUUUUUCCUAGAUUGGCUCAUUUGCUAGGGCGCGUGUACACGGCGUUGCGACCAGAUCACCCCAAAAAGCGUCGCCAGUACAAGGUACUACUCGAGGAAAUGCAAGGGUAG